UUUUUACUUUGGAGUUGACCUGGAUUUUAGGGGAUGUGAGCGUGAUGUGCUUUUUUGACACCAAUCCCUGAUGGCGUGAGCUCCUACUCCUGCUAUUUCAUAAAAUCAGAUUUUUAAAAAAUUUCUCAUGAUGGAACAGCUUCCUGGUCAGCUCUGCCCAGUCACUGCGUGAUGGAACUGCAGCAUCUGGAAGGUGCACCCCAGUGACACGGAUGCAGCUUUGCAGUGGGUGCUGCUGUGAUGUGGAUUAGACCAGGAUCCAGGAUCGCUCCCAGGAGCUGGUGCAGAUCGUCCGGAGCGCGGAGCGCCGGGCCAGGAGUCGCGGGGCCAAGGUGGGCAGCCUGGCGGACAGGGAGGCCAUCCUGCAGCGCCUGGACCACCUGGAGGAGGUGGUCUACAACCAGCUCAAUGGUCUCGCAAAGCCCAUGGGAUUAGUUGAAGGUCCAGGAGGCUUGGGCCAAGGAGGAAUGGCUGCUACCCUGAGAGAUGAUAGCCAUGAAUCAGAGACUAAAUAUGAAGAAUAUGGCUACAACGCCCAACUCAGUGACAGGAUAUCUCUGGACAGAUCCAUCCCUGACUACAGACCAAAAAAGUGCAAGCAGAUGACCUACCCAGAUGACCUGCCCCAGAUCUCCGUGGUCUUUAUCUUUGUCAACGAGGCACUGUCUGUCAUCCUGCGCUCCGUGCACAGCGUUGUGAAUCACACCCCCUCGCACUUGCUUAAGGAGAUCAUUCUGGUGGAUGACAACAGUGACAAUGUUGAGCUCAAAUUUAAUCUGGACCAGUAUGUCAAUAAAAGAUACCCAGGUCUGGUGAAAAUAGUGCGCAAUAACAAGCGAGAAGGACUGAUUCGAGCCAGAAUCCAAGGCUGGAAAGCUGCAACCUCUCCUGUCGUCGGGUUCUUUGAUGCUCAUGUCGAAUUCAACAUUGGCUGGGUGGAACCUGCACUUACCCGGAUCAAAGAAGAUCGGAAGCGGAUCAUCUUACCAGCGAUUGACAACAUCAAGUACAACACUUUUGAAGUGCAGCAAUAUGCCAACGCAGCCCACGGCUAUAACUGGGGCCUCUGGUGCAUGUACAUAAUCCCGCCGCAGGACUGGCUCGAUAAAGGCGAUGAGUCAGCUCCCAUCAGGACACCAGCCAUGAUUGGGUGCUCGUUUGUGGUAGACCGAGAGUAUUUUGGUGAGAUUGGCCUACUUGACCCUGGUAUGGAGGUCUACGGAGGAGAAAACAUCGAAUUAGGCAUGAGGGUCUGGCAAUGCGGAGGAAGCAUGGAGGUGUUACCCUGUUCUCGUGUGGCACACAUCGAACGCACAAAGAAACCCUACAACAACGACAUCGAUUACUAUGCAAAGCGCAAUGCCCUGCGGGCUGCUGAGGUCUGGAUGGAUGACUUCAAGUCUCACGUUUACAUGGCGUGGAACAUCCCCAUGGCAAACCCAGGAGUUGAUUUUGGAGAUGUUUCUGAAAGAAUAGCUCUACGACAGAGACUGCAGUGCCGGAGUUUUAAGUGGUACUUGGAGAACGUAUAUCCUGAAAUGAGGGUUUAUAAUAAUACAGUCACUUAUGGAGAGGUGCGUAACAGCAAAGCUAGUGGCUACUGCUUAGAUCAGGGAGCUGAAGAGGAUGACAAAGCAAUCCUUUAUCCAUGCCACGGAAUGUCCUCUCAGCUGGUCCGCUACAGCUCGGAAGGCGUCCUGCAGCUGGGGCCGCUGGGCUCCACGGCCUUUCUGCCUGACUCCAAAUGCCUCGUUGACGACGGGAAGGGUAGGACGCCAACCCUGAAGAAGUGCGAAGACGUCCUGAGGCCAGCACAGAGGUUCUGGGAUUUCACACAGAAUGGUCCAAUCAUCAGCAGAGACACUGGCCGUUGUCUAGAAGUGGAAAUGUCAAAGGAUGCAAAUUUUGGGCUCAGAUUAGUCGUGCAAAGGUGCUCGGGGCAAAAAUGGAUGAUUAGAAACUGGAUAAAACACGGCCGACAUUGACUGCCGGGGCUGAGAAGCUGCCUCUCCUGCCGUUGCCCAUUGCUCAGUGUGCCAUAUCUUACAAGGCAUUUGUCUUAAAGCAAAACAGUUUGAACAGGACUUGGAUCUAGGGAGUCCCCCAUAGUUGGGCAUUCAAAGGAAGGGGAAAAAAAUAAGAAAAAAUAAAUAAAAGCAAAUGCAUACAUGCCCUAUUUGACUAUUCCUUGCUCCGGUAGAUGACCUGGGAAGCUUAAAAAGAGUUUUCUAUUGAUUUGGAAAUCUUUGGAAGAACAGAAAACCACGGAAAAGUGUUUUCCUUAAGCUCUCCUAGGAGAAUUAUUAGCCAGAUGUUUCUAUGAGUUGAAAGGAGAGAUCCCAAUACUGUCUCAAAAAGACAGUUCUCCGAUGGGUAGCUUUUUAGCUUUAAGUUAUUGACUGGUGCACAACUCCUAUGGUGAAUAAUCAUGUGCCUUUUUUAUUGUACUUCAUAUAAAAGGGAACUGGAAAAAAUCUUACCUUUUCAGCAUGUCUGGUUCAUUGUACUAAAAAGACGACCUGUAAAUAACACUGGAAAACAUAAUAUAAUAUAUGAUACAUUUCAAGGUUGAUUGUUUAGGAGUUUCUAUUUCUAGAAGGAGACUGUUCUGCAUAUGUUUACAGGUGGUUCUCAACCUUUGAGCUGUGAAAACAGCAUUUUAGAGACCUCUUCGAUAGACACAGGUAAAUGUUGAAUAAGUAAAAUAACCACAUGCUCCAUUAUAUUGCCACAUUUUACAUUUCUUGGCUGUAAAGGCAUCACAAUAUAGCACUUGCAUAUUUAACUCUUUGAGGCAGCAAAUGUCCAAGUAGAUUGAUGGAUUUCUAGAGGCCUUUGUUGGCCCAAGAGCCCCGAAUAUAAGUGCAAGGCUCCCGUCCUGCAGUGCUGUGCCUGCAGGUGCACUUUGUCUUGCUCCAGCAACUGUCUGGGAGCUGUGGGUGGAGGGUGCUGGAUGCUCGUUACUUCUGAAAAUAAGGCAACUUAGGUGCCAGCUGUGGAACUUAGCAACUUGAAGCUUCCAUUUUGUAACCUAUCCUGUGAAAAUGUCAAAUGUGAGCAAACACGCUUUGUGAGCACCAUCUAGACAAAUUUCCUGAACAAACCAAUGAAGUAUUUUCAGUAUUUGAAAAAUAAAACCCUAGCGCUAUGAGAAGAAAUUAGAGCAAGAGAGAACUAGGCAGCAUAUAUAAGUAAUGUUAUUCUAAAAUAUAGAUACUUUACUGUAGUCCACCUGGUGACAGCACCCUUGUGAACCCAAAUUUAAUAACGUUUCCAGUGGUUCAUGCAGUGUCUGUGCACAGGUAGCAGGACAAUGGCAAAGCCUUAUCCAAAAGGCCGUCAAAGUUGAUGACCAGUGUCAAGGUCAGCAAUCUUUGGGUGGGGGUCCACGGCAAACAGCUUUCCAUUGCAGAAAAUUCGGUCAUACUGAAGGAGAGACAGGGACAGUACCUUGUACUGUUUAAUAUUUUAUAGUACUUUUUAAAAGGUUUGGCUUUGUUUUACUGAGCCAGAAAAAAAUAGGUAAUUGCAGACGCUACAGUACCAUGAAUCUUAGUGAUCUGUUUCUUGAAGAGCUUUUGCCAUUCCUAUUUCAAGGCAUGCUGAACAGAAUAAAAUGGAAACAAAGAUAAUUUUUGGGUUGUCCUUGGAAUUGUGCCCAUUUUCAGUGCCCAGGACAAGGCAUUUUAAUGUGGCCAUGGUGGAACUGAGGGUUGGUCCUGGCACGCUUCGAGCCAGAGGUUGUGCACUGCAAAAAUCUUGCAAGAACCAGGCUUUCGGUGUAAGAAGGAAAGCAGAUUUUUGUGGUAAUUAAAUGGCUCUGAGAUUUACAGAAUAAUGUACAAGAAUUCAAAUAACCCUUAAAGGUGAGGUUGGUUUUCUCUGUGAUUGUCAGGUUUUUUUUAAGACUUACUGGAACAAUUUCUUAUAUUUAAGAAAUAGAGCUGUUGGGUUCUUUUUACUUUGGUCUUUAUCUGUCUGAACCACUGCUUUGACCGUGGAAUUAACAUGGUAAAUCUGCAUGUGAGAGGGUCUUAAAUAUUCUCUCAUAAAAGGACUAAUAAUAAAAAAAGCCUUGACUAUUAUCUGUUUUAACCAAAGUCUACGGGUCUCUUUUCAUUAUUUUAUCCUUAGAAUAAUCUGAAGUCCUGCUUAAUGUUGUUUGAAAUUUUUAGUCAUGUUUCCCACAGUGCAGCAGUCCAGAUAAUCUGAAAAGUAUUUAAUAUAAUGUAAUAUGCCUUGUAGAGGAAAUUCUGAUGAGAACAGGCUUUUCAGUGGAUAUUUUGUUUAAGAGUUUAUAGAAUUAAAUACGAGCUCCUAGGACAGAACAGUAGAAGGCAAGAAGAGUAUCAGGUCUUGUACACUGCUGUCAUAAGCAAACAUGUCAGAUCAUAGUUUUGUAAGCAUGUCAAGAUCCCUUUAAAAGGAGUUUGGGUCCUGUAUGGGGGAAAAAAAAAAAAAUCCAAAC